ACUCUAAAUCUAAAUUUAGAACUCUAAAAAUAGACGUCAAAUGAAACAAAUUGUAAGUAAUAACGGAAAUAAGAGAAAAUCCAUGAUGGAGGAAUCCAAUCUACCUUUGACUGUUUCAAUAAGUAAGCUAGAGGACUACUUACAGUGUUCAAUAUGCAUGAACUCCUUAUCCAGCACCACUGUGACGUCCUGUGGACACAGGUACUGCUUCACCUGUAUCAAGGAAUGGGUUGACAGGAAGCAUACAUGUCCGUGCUGUAACGCCCGCCUGGAGCAGAGUUCUCUGAUCAAGGACCACCAGUUUGAUAGUCUUAUAGCAACCAUCACCUGUGAGAGAGAAAGAGAGGAGGAGAAAUACUUUGAGUCAUUGAUAAACUCGGUCAGCCAUGAGGAGACCUCGAACAUCCCACUCUCCCCAGUGGAGAAAGUUUUACAAAGUCACCUUAAAAGAAGCCUGGCAGCACAUGAAAAAUAUUUACAGAAUUUAAGAGCAGAGUUUCACAGGAAGAUGGUAACUCUGGACAGGGAACAUUGCAAAGCCAUCUCUGACCUACAGAUCAAGAAUCUCUCUCAAGAGGACCUAACUCAACAAACCUCUGAUUUAAACAACACUCUUAUUGACCAAAAGAAAUCGCUGCAAGAGGAACUUGAAACAUGUACACGGCUUAUAGCAGACGCAUUUGACAAACAUCUACAGAGUCACAUUCCACCGCUAGAGGUUCUCCCGAUGAAGGUCUCCAUUAAUGUCUUAGACAAGAGCAUCCACCUCUCCGAUCUCCUCCUAGCUCCAGCUGAUGUGGCGUUGACCAGGAUAAAGCUUGCAGUGGAGGAAGCGAUGAAGGCCAAAGGGAACCCAGUGGUGUCCUGGGGGGAUGACAUCCACUUCAUCCUGUUUGGUCCAUUUGCCAAGAGUAAUCCAUUUGAGAAGCAGCAGAUGAUAAGGGAGAUUCUGUACAAUGGACUGGAGUAUCCAGAUGUCCAUGUACUGUCUCCGGACUGUCGACCCGUUCUACAGCUGGGAAUGAAACCAAACAGUGAGAUCGUUAUUCACGGAAGUCUUCGCUGUGAGAGUGACCUGCCCAAGCGGUGCUUUGUUCAGACUUUUAAAAAGGACAAGAAAGAGACAGUGGACUACUUUUACUGUAAACAGUGCUCUUUCAAGUGGAUAUGUAGACCAUGCAUGGAUGUUUGUCACAAAGGGCAUGAUGUUGUGCCUUACAUAAUGAACCAUGUACCAGAAUGGGCUUGCUGUUAUUGUCCUAGGAAGAAGAAAUGUGUCCUCUAGGACUAGGAACCCCAAACACUAUCAGAAAUCCAUUUACAAACAUCUCUUUUACAAAGAGACAUUAUUUAUCGUUACUACUGUUGGAGCUAUGACAGCUGAUUCAUUGUUUUUAUACUGUGAUAUUUUUGUGAAUGACUCGGUGAUUUAUUAAAUGAGACUCACCUAAAUUUGUGUUGGUGUAUUU